AUGGGACCCACCAUCUGGUUCUUCCUCACCUACCCUAAUGAGAGACCAAGCUGCAGCUAUGUGCUGUGCACAGUGCUCCUGUCCCUUGCAGUGCUGCUGGCUGUGGCUGUUACUGGUGCAGUUCUCUUCCUGAACCAUGCCCAUGCGCCGGGCACGCCCCCUCCACCCGUCAUCAGCACAGGGUCUGCAGGGGCCAACAGUGCCCUGGUCACUGUGGAGAGGGCUGACAGCUCCCACCUCAGUCUUCUUAUCGACCCUCGAUGCCCUGACCUCACCGACAGCUUCGCUCGCCUGGAGGGUGUGCAGGCCUCCAUGCUGCGGGCACUGAGUGACCAUCAGGCCCAGCCGAGGCUGGAUGGUGCCCCUGAGCUGCUGGAUGCACUGGCUGACCAUCUGCCCCGGCUGCUGGCCCGGGCCUCUGAGCUGCAAGCUGAGCCCCGGCUGCUGGCCCGGGCCUCUGAGCUGCAAGCUGAAUGUGCUGGACUGCGCAAGGGACACAGCAUGCUGGGCCAGGGCCUCAGCACCCUGCAGAGCGAACAGGGUCGCCUAGUCCAGCUUCUUUCUGAGAGCCAAGGCCACAUAGCUCACCUGGUGAACUCUGUCAGUGAUGUCCUGGAGGCUCUGCAGAGGGAGAGGGGGCUGGGCCGGCCCCGUGUCAAGGCUGACCUUCAAAGGGCCCCUUCCAGAGGAGCCCGGCCCCGAGGAUGUGCUAAUGGCUCUCGGCCCCGGGACUGCCUGGAUGUUCUCUUGAGUGGACAGCAGGAUGAUGGUGUGUACUCCGUCUUCCCCACUCACUACCCAGCUGGCUUCCAGGUCUACUGUGACAUGCGCACUGAUGGUGGAGGCUGGACGGUGUUUCAGCGCCGGGAGGACGGCUCUGUGAACUUCUUCCGAGGCUGGGAGGCAUACCGGGAAGGCUUCGGCAAGCUCACAGGGGAACACUGGCUGGGGCUCAAGCGGAUCCACGCCCUGACCACACAAGCAGCCUAUGAGCUGCACGUGGACCUAGAAGACUUUGACAAUGGCACUGCCUAUGCCCACUAUGGAAGCUUCGGUGUGGGCUUGUUCUCUGUGGACCCUGAGGAGGAUGGGUACCCACUCACGGUGGCUGACUACUCAGGCACUGCAGGUGACUCCCUCCUGAAGCACAGUGGCAUGAGAUUCACCACCAAGGACCGGGACAGCGACCACUCAGAGAAUAACUGUGCCGCCUUCUACCGAGGAGCCUGGUGGUACCGCAAUUGCCACACAUCCAACCUCAAUGGCCAGUACCUUCGUGGCGCUCAUGCCUCCUACGCAGAUGGCAUCGAGUGGUCCUCCUGGACUGGUUGGCAGUAUUCACUCAAGUUCUCAGAGAUGAAGGUCCGGCCGGUUCGAGAGGACCGCUAG